CCACCGGCGGCAAGCAGGGGAGGGAGAAGAGGAGAAGAUGGGUGGGGGCAUGGAGGUGCACAAGAACCGGUGGAUCGAGGAGUGGAACGCCGGCCGCGAGAACCUCGAGUUCAACUUCCGCUGGACGCGCCGCAGCCUCGCCGUCGUCGGCCUCUUCGGCCUCGCCGUCCCCAUCCUCGUCUACAAGGGCAUCGUCCGUGAAUUCCACAUGCAAGAUGAGGAUGCUGGAAGACCACCGAGGAAGUUCUUGUAAGUUGUAACCAGCCAGAAUCAUGCUAGUUUUGUUUUAAGAAAUAAAUGCCUUUACCACACGGCACACCCUGGCGAUUCCAAUCUGAGAAACAUGGUGACACUCAGUUCUGCACUUCUGCUUGUAAGCUUUUAGCUGCUGUGCUCUGCUCCAAGUUUUGUUCUGAGGUAUACCUAUGUAACCACCGUUAUAUCAAGAACUACUCUCUUCCGCAUUUAAGCCAAUCCAAACACUAUCUUAAUCGUGC